CUGGAGAAUCUCCCUUGUUGUCGAGGUCCCUGGAUACCUCACCCAGAAAAUAAUAGCAUGCAAGAAAAGCUCUUCUUACCUUCUUCUUCUUCGUCUGAUACCACCAAGCCAUUCUUGGAUCUCCAUCACCUUCUUCCUCCUGUGGAAGAGCCACCAAGAAGGAGCACAGAGAACACAAAGAUUUCUCCUCUGAGUUCUGCAUAGAAAUUAGAACACAUACCCUGCAGCUGUGUCUUGCUCUGUUUCUUAGUCCUCUGGAUGCGCCAAGAUCACAUCUUUUUCCCAUUCCUCGAGUUGUUGGAAUCCCUACUCUCGUAAAGUUCCAAUCUUUAUGAGGAUUGACGGCGAACUGGCGAAGCAGAAGGGGAGCGGCGAAGUGGCCAAGGAGAAGAACAGUUGCUGUUCCAGGAAGAAGAGCAAGAGGCAGCAGAAGAAGGCCCUGGCGGAGCCGAUGCCGACGGUCGUGCAGAGGCUGUGGGAGACGUGCAAGGAGGUCUUCGCCGACAGCGGGCCGGGGGUUGUCCCCUUGCCGGGCGACGUAGGGCACCUCCGGUCCUUUCUCGAUGGCAUGAAACCGGCUGAUGUUGGCCUGCAUCCAAACCUGCCAUUUUUCCAGGACUUCAAGGGAACUCCUCCGGUGACAUAUCUGCACCUUCAUCAGUGCCCCAAGUUUUCGAUUGGCAUCUUUUGCCUCCCUCGAGCGGCUGUCAUUCCACUCCACAAUCACCCAGGCAUGACUGUCUUCAGCAAGCUUCUCUUCGGAUCGAUGCACAUCAGGUCCUACGACUGGGUCGAUUCCAGCAAGCAAAUCAGAUCACCUAAUGGAGCCUGUUUGGCGAAGCUGAACACUGAUUCCGUCAUGAACGCGCCUUGUGAGACCUCCAUACUUUAUCCUGCGGCCGGAGGUAACAUGCAUUGUUUCACUGCAGUGACCCCCUGCGCGGUGCUGGAUGUCCUCGGACCACCUUACAAUGGGCCUGAAGGCAGGGAUUGCAAGUACUACACUGAAGUCUUGUGCUCGAAUUUUCCUGGCAAUGCAGCAGCAUCGGCUGCGCCGACCGAUACCGAUCGGUAUGCUUGGCUGGGAGAGAGGCAGGGGAAACCUGAUGAUUUCAAAGUUCGUGGUGAAGAAUACAAGGGUCCCAAAAUUGUGGGAUAUUAUUGAUAUGCAAUUUGAGAGAUUCGCUAGAGGAUGAAGAUCAUGUGUUUGAGAUGUCAAAUUGAUGUGUUGACGAUGCAAAUCCAUCACGUAUGUGAACAAAAAGCUCAAGAGCAAGUAUCUAGCAAUGUUUUAUUUAGCACAUGAUUUCAAGGCAUAAACAUGAAUAUAAACUUGUUUAUUCACUUGCUAUAAACAUAAAUGAUAAGAGGGUAAGCAAUGUAUAUUUCAAAUGUGAAUUGAUAUU